UCAGCGGCCUUCGUCCGGUUUGGACAUUGCUACUGCUAAGGAGCACAGAGCCGCAGACUGUAUGCAGGUCCUGUGCGUGUUUCCAGGUUGUAGAAGGAACUCGGCAAGAAACAAUUCGUGCGAGGUCGGCCCAAGAUCCAAACCUAAACCUGAAAACUUGCAUUGCCUCAUCCCUCUUGUUUUCUCCCUGCAUUAAAGUGUCGGUCAUUCGCUCUCUUCGACCAAGCCGAGGUCCAGGCGGCUUGACUCAUCGUUCACACUUCUACCGUCAAUCCUUGGACCAAACCAGCAGAUAACCACAUGCUGCUGCCACUCAUCUUCGUCCUCGCGGCUGUGGUGCAUCUCACCUCGGCCUUGCCGGCUUACGACAAUCACGUGGCGGUCAAGCCUAUCCUGGCGAGCCAGUUCUGCAUCUUGCCAGACGAGUUCGUGGUCAAGAACUUCGAUAUCUUCUUUCUCGCCGCAGACAACAACCGCACCGCGUUUAUCAACUUCGAGUACUCAAAUGAGAACACCUGGAUCAAAACCAAGUGCCAAUACAAUGAGACCUCCGUCAACGUCGACCCCAAGGGGCAUGCCCAGAGAUAUGCCUGCGAGAACAAGCCGGCCAAUUUCACUUGGUGGCGAAACGGCACUCUCACCAUAUACGAGAGAUCCUGUCCCCUGGAGGACAAGUGACUUGCCUUUACUCGGGUGGAAUAGACACCGGCUGCAGAAAGUUGAUGAGAUGCAUAGAUUCAAGGCCAAUGAGUACGUGGGCUCGGUCACACCCAACCUGAGGUGCUCUUCGACCAGCGGCGCGUUCAACGGCAACACCAUGGUUGGAGCUGGCAGCCUCUGUGAUGCGACGAAGGCGCUUUCUGCCCUCUUCACCAGUCAACAGUCGCUGCCGGACGGCAAAGCCGCAAGUCGACCACAGUGAUGUGGGGCUGAUUGAAGAAGUACCUCGUGGAUCGUGGGGAACAUAUUCAAUACGUAUGGCUUGGUACGAUGAAUACGGAGGUGAACGUACAGUAGGUAAUGAUUUCAAGGUACAAGACCAAGAUAUGUGUUAUAGAUGUCAAGAUCGUAGCCUCAUUGCCGCCGACUCGCUGGCGGAAAUGCAAACACAGGGCAAUUUUCCGUUGAAG